AUGCUGUCUCAUUUCUGCCUUCGCCAUAUCCCACCUCUUUUCGUGGCCACUACGACUACGUUCGGCGGGCUGCUACCUUUUUUCGAUGCCGAGUACGCGAUUCGAGCAUUCGGCCUUCCGCGACAUGUGGCAAGCUCUCGGUCGGCUCAAUCGGUCAUGCUCACAAGUGCAGCCCGUAUCUCAGCCAUCGGAUAUGCUUUGUUUCUAUUCUACUUUCAAGGGAAGCUCAGAGAAUUUGAUACACUUCUGUCGGUCCUAGGCUAUGUCGGCCUUGUCGACGGCUACGUCUGUUGGCGUGAAGGUGUGCCUAAAAAGGGCGUCUUUCGAGCAGUCUCUGGUCUAGUGAUUGCGGCACGGGGCUUCCUGGGGUUAACCACUGGUGUGCAUUGA